AUGUCUCUGUUGCCGCCGGACACAGAUCUGGCAGAUUACUCUCGCGUCCGCAUUCUUCUUUUGCCGACAGAUGGAACUCCGCCCGAGGUAUUUGCCCGCGAGGCCGCGGCCCUCAUGGCCGCCUUCGCCUCCGUCUCUCUCGCCUCCCUGCCCCUCUCGCCGCAUGACCCCUACCUCCAACCAUUUCUCUCGGCGCGAACCGUCGCGGGGCCAGACGCCCCGGGCCCCGCGCCCCAGGGCUCCAAGGCCCCCUCGGCGUCGCAGCAGCUGGCUGCCGCGGCUUGCUGCAUCCACUGCUCGUUCCAGACGCCACAGUUCGUACUCAGCGAUUGGGCAGACCUGCACAUGCACCGACAAAUCCUCGCGGCGAUCGCGAUUUCCGCUUCUCCCUUCCCCGCGUUCGAGGCCGCAGCGGCUGCAGCCAGGGCCCACACGGAGGAAGAAAGGAGACACUUCGGAGACGGGGUGCGUGGGGAUGGAGCUCCGGAGCGAGGCACUCGGCCGAACGAGUGUGAGGACCCUGGCGAGGGAAAGAAGGCGGCGCGAGCGCGCGCUGCCCAGGCCGCCGCGCAUGCAGCCGUGGCGGCAGUCAGGCGAGAGUACGACGUCUUCCGGAAAGUCCUUGAAGAGGACUAUCCCUCCGUCCUUGUCCAUCGGCUCUUCGUGGUGCCCCGCGGGACCUCUGAGCUGCGGUCUGACAGAUCGGGGACGGAGAGCCCGGGGGAGAAAGACGAUGGCGGAUGGUGCCGUGAGGGCUCUUUUCCUUUUUCUUCACCCUAUGUGGCGUCGGUGUCUCCGCAGCCCUGUGACGAGCACAUCGUCUACUUCCCGCCCCCGGCUUCUGGCUCGUUCCCCGUGCUCUCGACUGUCUCCUCGCCUGCGCUCUUCACGGCGGCGAAGGAAGACUUCUUCCUCUGUCUCCUGAAGCAACUCGGCGCUCUCACGCUCCGCGCCCCGGACCGCUGUCCCCCCCUCCUGACCCCGCUCGACAGUCCCCUCCAGGAAGGCGCCUGGGGCGCCGGCGCGCCGGUGGCUGCCUCGACCGGCUCGGUGUUUGCCACCACGGCCUCGCCUCGGGGCGCGAGUGGGUGCCACGGGCCCGCCGCGGUCACGAGCGCACCACCUGGAGCUCAGCCAAUAGUUCCGCCGGGCGGCUCGGGGACGACCCUGGGGGGCCUGGCGGGCGCCCCUGGGGCUUCGGGGUUGUCUCUGCUCUCUCCCGCGACCUCGCCUUCCGGAGCGUCCGCCUCGUCAGCGGCUCUGCUCCGCCUGCUCCCUGCGCGGCUCCAGAAACAAAAGGGCGACGUGCUUCUGCUCGGCGGGGCGCCCGCGGCCGCCGCUGCCCUGUACGUACAGGCGGCGGAGGCCUGUCGCGCUCAGGGCGACACCGUCUGGCAAGCGGCGGCGCUCGAGGGCCAAGCCGCGGCGCUCUAUGCCUUUCUCCGGAGCGCGCUGUACCAGUUGGAGGCGUACGAGCAGGCGCUCCCGCGGUCGCCCCACAGAGACGCAGGCCCGCGAGGCCCGGAGGGAGGGGUGCCGAGGCCCCGCUCCGCAAACGGAUCUUCACCAGGCUCGCCAGAAGACGCGGCGACCGCCGGCGGUCAGACGGGCGGUAGUGGAGGCAGCGGCGGAGCUGGGACGUGGGGCGGGCACUGGGCCCUUGGCGCGACUGGGUCGGGGGGUGUCUCCGUCGGGAGCCAGGAAGCGGCGGGUUCCGGGGCGCCCUCGGGGGCGAAGUCGUCUUGGUGGAACUUUGACCCUGCCACCCACAGCGAGGGUGAGGGCCAGGCCUCCGACGCGGCUCUCGUUUCCUUUCCACCGGCGAUCGAGACGAUCCUCGCCCAGUGCAUCAGCCGCCGCACUCACGCCGCGACCGCCUCGGCGUCCGGCGGGGCCUCCGUUGUCUCCGGCUCAGGGCUGGGCGCGGCGGGCCUCCCGUUCCCGUCGUUUCUUCCCGGAGGUGGGGCGUCCUCCAGAGACAAUCCUGAGAAAGGCGUCUCCUCUUCGGGGGCCCACUUCUACUUCUCCGCUGCGCAGGGCUCCGGAGGUGGUGCGUCGGCCUCGGGGUCCUCGGGGCCAGGGCCCAACGGAGAGUGGGGGGGCUCGGGGACGGGCGACGGCCACGGCACCGGCUCGGGCAGCGCCUGGUCAGUCAAGACGGUGUACGGCGGGAGGGCCCCGGCGACAGGGUCCAGUGGGGGGACUGGAUCUUCGGGGCUUGACGCCUUCGCCUCACCGCCGAACGGCCUGCUCGCGGACACCGCGGCCACCCGCGGGCGGUCGCAGACACAAGGAGACACUCUGGCGGCUGGCGACGCCCACGCAGCGGGGAAGACCGGCCAGGGCCCACUGGGGGCGCGGCCAGCGCUUGUAGUUACAGGCGACGAGGCGGCGACGGGGUUUCGUCUCCCCUACGGACUGGCUGCGUCGCCGGAGCUGGUGUCCGCGACCGCCGCCCUCAUUCAGGCCGCAUACGAGGCCGUGUGCCUGAAGCUGAGAGACGCAGCGCAGCUGUACAGCUGCCACCCAGGCUGCGCGCUGUGGAGCGCGUCCACGACGUUGCUGCUGUGUCGGCUUGUCGCGCGCUUCGGGAGCAAGACAGAGACGCUGCAGCUCAUCAGCAGCGCCGCAGAGAAAGCCAAGCGGCUGGAGGUUCAGGACUUUGUCACCUGUCUGGCCUCGCUCGCGGCUCUCUGCAGCGCGGUCGGGGCGUUCCGAAAACUCGCCUUUCUGCUCCACAGGGUCUGCAUGGCCCUGCUUGAGGCGAAGAAGUGGGCCGCGGCCCACUACGCCGCCGCGCUCACCGCGCCCUGGUACCACCUUGCCCUUCUCGAGUUGCCUCCGACGGACCAUCUCCACCCGCUCGCAGUUCCGAACGCGAAGCGCCCCGGCCUUGCCUUGCCUGUCUCCGCGUUGCCCCCCUCAGCCCCGCUCCUGUCUCUGAACUCCCAACUCGCCUUCUCCGUGCCUAGCGGGCUUGUGCGUCGCUCGACCACUGUCUCUCUUGGUCACUUCGUCGACGCGCUGAGACGCGAGAGACAACGCGAACGGAGGCUCCGAGAGCAGGCGGAAGAGAUCGGCGGGAACCGCGAGCUCGAUGAGAAGAACAGGAGGAACGGGGAGCGUUCGAACAAGGUCGCGCAGACACUGGACAAGGAGAGAAACGCUUUAGACUCGCGAGGGAGAGGCGCGGCGCGAGGCGAAGCUGAGACUCGCACGCGACCUAAGACACAGACCGGACUGGAGGCCGCAGCUCGCCAGAGCUUGGUCGACUGGGAUUUGCUAGGGGAUGUAUCUCUCGCGUCUGCAAUGAAUUCGCCGAUGUUCUCGCAGUCUUCUCAGUUCUCUCUUGCCUCUCCAGGAUCUGCAAAGCCCUCUCUGCUUUCGUCUGCUGUCGCGGCCCUGGGGGUUCGCAGCCCUCAACAACCUGCGAGACUGCCGCAGCGGGGGGUGUGUCCUUUCACGCCGCUUGAACUGCAUGCGAAGCGAGGGCGGGAGGCCCCCGACUUCUCUCUCUCUCCUGAAGACUUCAACUUUGCGAUUACUCUGCUCCGCCUCCGCCAGGCCCUUCGCCAGCAACACUACACCCCGGGGACGGCAAACCUCUACUCGCCUGCGUGCUACGCGUCUCCGCCGCCUCUCCCCGCUGUCUCCGCGUCCCCCCGCAGUGUCUCUGCGUCCCCCCGCAGUGUCUCCGCGUCCCAGACGCCUUUCUUCUUCCCACCGCGGCCGCCGUUUCCAGUCAGCUCCCCGGCGUCGCUCGACUUUCUCAGCCAACACCAACGCCGGGUCCGGUUCACGGAUGGGGGCGGGCAGGGAGACAGGAGUCUCUGCGGACUCUUUCUGCCUGCCUCGAGUGUCUCUGCCGCCCUCGGGGAUGGGGGCCUCCGGGUCUGGUGGCCCGCCGUCCAGUCCCGCGUCCUCCACAUGCUGAAAAUCACCACGGAGCAUCUGGGGGAGCCCGGGAAGGUUGCCUGGUACGCAUGCGCAGCCCUGAAGAUUCUGUACCCCGUCCUCGAUCACAAGACGCAGGCCAGCACGAUCAUGCUGAUUCAGGCAGCUGCAGGCAGGAGGGCGACGCCCUUGGCCCUGCCCCCAGCGCUCACGAUUGUUUCUAAGAAGUCGCCUCCGUCGCCGGCGAAGCUCCUCCUGGAGACGCAGAGGAGCGCAGCAUCCCGCUCGGGGCGCAAGCGCGCCGGUGCGGAGUCCGGGGCCGCACCGGGCGCCGGUCGUUCGGGCGCGUUCGGCUCCAGCUCCCGCAGCCAGGACGAACAGCUGCACUUUCUCGGGGGCAUGUGCAAGGGCGCAGCGCCUCCACUGCCCCUCUUGGCAAGGAUUCACCCCGUGGUGGAUGUGUCUGUCUUUCUGAACAAAGAAGACGCGAACGAGGAGACAGUGGGCCCCGUGCCUUUCGCGGUGCUGCCGCUCGAAGGCGAGAGGGACAGGCCCGCCGCUGCCGCAAACCGGACGGGAAGCCCAGAGAGACAGGAACAGACAGAGGGCGAGAGGAAGGAGAGCGAAGAGAAGAAGAAAGAGAAGAAGACCGUGUUGAUGUAUAAUCCGUUUGCGCAGAAGCAAGAGGGCGGUGGAGGCGCGCGGGGACCCGGAGGACGCGAAGAGGACGAGCUGCCUGUGUCGGGCCAGUGGGUCAAGGGGGAGCUGCGGACGGUGCAGGUGUCAGUCAGAAAUCCUUUGGGCGUCGAACUCGUUCUCGAUAAAGCGAAAGUCAUGACGGCUGGGGCGCAUGCAGAGGUGUACCCGGUCACGGUUCUCGUCCCUCCUUCUGCGUCUCACCAGGUGACGUUCGAGGUCACGGUGCUUCCGAAGGAAGAGGGUCGUCUCUUCUUCACAGGCCUCACGUACACGCUGAACAAGCUGCAGUGCUCGCAGUUGCUCCUGCACCGAAGUCCUCGCCUCCUCUCGCUUCUAGACUUCCCAAAGGCGCCGACAGAGCCUCCAACUGCCCGCGGCAGGCGCGAAGGCCCCGAGGCAGAGGACGCGAGGAACGAGGCGACACUUGGAGAAGAAGCGACGCUUUUAGAAGCCACUGAAAAAGCAGUGGGACUUCUCAAAUUUAGCGCGGCGGCGAGCGUCGAAGUCGUUCCAGAACUGCCGCUGUUACGGGUGUCUGUCGAGGCGUAUUCGGCGCCUUCUGCUCCUCCAGCUCGCCUUGGUUCGGCGAGGAAGCGCGACCUGCCGACUUCCGGUUCUUCGACUUUCGCUGUGCGGCCCUCUGAGCUCUUUGAGGCUUCCACGUGCCGCCCCUCCGCGGCGCCUACGGGUCCCGGCACCCAGCCUGUCUCGGGGGCCUUGGCAGGCGUAGACGCGAGCGCCGCUUGGGAGGCAGCCGGAGAGCCUCGGGGCGGGGCGCAGUUCGAGGGCCCUGACCGCGGGGACGUUCCAGAAGACGCUGUCCCCGGGCGAGACCGUUGCGCCCGCUUUUCCUUAGAGACUCCUUCGCUGCCGAAUUUCCCGUGGUCUGCAAAGCCUCUGUGGCGCGCGGGCACCGGGUUCGGACGCCGAAGGAAACGGGGCCUCCUGUGGAGACGCCCCUCUUCUUCAGCUGGACUCGAACGGACUGGUGACCCAGACACUUUGGAGACGCAGUUCAACACUCGAAGCAUUCCUCCGUCAGCGGAGGCUUCUUCGGGUCUGCAUUUCCUGGACUACACUUCAGAGGAGGAGCUUGACUCUGAGUCCACAUCGGACUCGGGCCGUCUGUUUUCUUCGAGCGACGAAGACGUCGAGCUCGCCAGACUUCUCUUUCCCCGCCGCAGCGAGUGGAGCAUUUCUGGGCGCUGUGUGGGGCCUGAAACUCGGGCUCCUGGCGUCUCAUCCGCGAAUGGCUUGGACUGCUCGCCGGGGCUCCAGCCGGUCGAGCGCGGCGGCCGGGCGGUCGAGCGCCGCGAGUCUUGGGGCUUCGCGGGCCCCGCGGUGCGCCGGCUCGGAUCGGAGACGAGAGAGGACGAGACGCGGCCUCUGCUCCGGCGCGCGCAGACAGGCGCGACGGGCGAGCGAAUGCGGCGCCGGGGGUUUCUUGGAGCCGAAAAGGCUGCUUUGCCCCUGACGCGCGAAGGCGCAAGAGAGGGUGACUUCUUCCAAGGAGACAGGGCCUUCUCGGGACCCGCUGCGGCGUACAGCGGAGACCCUACACACUCGCCUGUCUGGGAGGGCCAGCAUCGACUUCUCGCGCUCCACCUGGAAAACGUCGGGCGGGCGCCGGUCCGCGAUCUGCGUUUCGAGCUCUUGACCCACGAAGGCGAAACGCCGUCGGAGGAAGAGACUCAGGCCCUUCGGAGACACUUCCAAGUUCUGUGGCACCCCGACGCGGAGCCCGCGGGUGUCGGACCCGCGGGGACAGUCAUAUACUCAGACGACGCUCUCCAGGACCUCGCCAUCAGCCGACGAACAGAGACAGACGAAGAGGGAGACGAGGAAGAAAACGAAGAAGGGGAUCCGAGUCGAAAAAGAGAAGAAGAGAAGCGGCGAGGGAGAGACUGCGGGGAGAACAGAGAGAGUGGAUGGGGCGAGGGAGAGUGUGUGGGGAGAACAAGUGCAGAGGGAGGAGAGAGAGAGAAGGCGGAAGAAAGAGGAGAAACAGAGAGAGCAGAGGGAGAAGGAAGAACUGGAGAGACGCGAGGAGGACAACGAGAAACCGGCGAACGCGAUGUGAUACCUGUGGGGAAAAGAGUUCGCAUCUGUAUCAGGUGCAUCGCCAGCACAGAGUUCAGUUCCUGCAUCAUCCGAAUCGUUUACGCCUCUUCUUCUGGAAGCAAGUACCAGCGCCAGGUUCUCCAGCCCCUGUCCCUGCGCGUUCAGAGCGGCCUCCAGCUGCGUCCCCAGGGUGUCAACAUCUUCCCUCUUGUGUUUUUCUCUCACCGUGCCGUCCUCAAAACGUUCUCGGCUUUUCCGGCCUUCUUCGCCCCUGACGGCGCCGGCUUCUUCCCCCUUCUUCUCUCGCCCUCGGCCGGGGUCUCCGCGCCCUACGGCCCUCCGGACCCCGCAAGCGCGGCCUGGCCCCUGCACAUGGGCGCGUCCCCUCAGCCGUGGGGAACGGCGGACCUCAGGCACGGCGACAAGGCCCUCGAGGCGGCGGCGGCCGGCAAGCUCGGGCUCUCGCCGGCCCUCAGGCCCGGAGUGGGGCUGCGAACGCCGACCGGCUGUCUUGACCCCGGAGCGUCCUUCUUCUCGCCCUGCGCGCCUUCCGAUGCGCCUGUGGAUUGCCUGCUGACCCACCGCUUCGACCACAGAAGCUGUCUGGUGUGUUUGGAUCUGCAGAACUGCGCAAAUGUCGCCUUCGAGUGCUUCACAGUCCCCAAGAGGCGCCUCUCCCGCGUCCAGCCGCCCGACGGGUCUCUCUGUUGUGUCUCCCCUAACGAGUCGCAGCGCCGGUGGGCACUGUGGGUGCGGCGGCCGCGAUUGCAGGCGGUUCAGGAGGCCUCUGAGGUAGUUGGGGAACUGGAUCGAGAGCUGAACAUUCACUGGCGUUGCUUUCCGGCCCAGGAGGGGUCUUUGAAGCUUCUGCCGCUCCUGAGGCGUGUGGCUGGGGGGCCGGGCGGGCGCGCAUGUGCCUCCGGCGAGGGGCCUUCCGCCGGAGGGGCGACCGGACUGUCUCCGAAAAGACAGGCCCCGUUUUUCUGGCGAGAGGAGUCCCCCGAGAAGGGGUGCAGAGUCCCCGAAGGCGGGAGGAGUCGCGACCGCGAGGGGCGAGGAAAGCGGGGCGACGACGAGGGCCUAGACGGAGACGUCAAAGAAGACGACUGCCAGCUGGUCCGCCCGGCACAGCUUUCCCACUUCAGCGCGCCUCAACUCCUCAUCCGACCGCGGAUCCUCGGCUGCGCCGCUCCAGGCCCGCCAAGGCCUUCAGCUGUGAAAGCCGGGCUCCAGAGAGCAAGCCCAGGGCCUGCGUCUCCGAGGCACCGCACCCGCCCAAGCGUCGAGUCCUGCGCUGGCUCUUCGGACCGGACCAGCGUGGACGAAGGUUUCUCUGCGCUGCAGGCGAGUCUCCUCUGCCCGCCCGCCAACGCGGGCCCGCUGUUUGGGCUCCAAGGCGCGGCUCUGACCGCGGUCGGAGCGGGGCCCGCGGAAAGAGGCGCCUCGCGGCAGCGCCCCGUUCGCCUAGGCCCGGACUGCUACAAGAUUCCUCUCCACGAGCCUGUGACUCUUCAGGUGUACGUGGAGAACCGACAUGCGAAGGCUCUCUCUCACUGCGUCGUGCUCGUUGUUCCGUUUGCUCAAGAAGGCGCGCGACUUCCGGAGGGACUUCUCUGGUCAGGCUCCUUGAGUCGAGAGCUUCUGCAGCCCCUCCCCACCGCCCGUUCACAGCGGCUCGCUCUCCGUCGCGCAAUUCAGUCUCGGACGCAGACGGUGGGGAGACCUCUCGCUGACUCCUGGGUGUCGGACGCGAGACCGGUCGGCGCGCCGCAUGAACUGGCGACGAGCGCUCGCAGUCCAAGUCCGGAAGGCGAAGACGCGAAGCCGGCCUCGAGCGACCGCGGCGGGGCGGCCGACGGCGCUGGGGGAGGCAGGUCCGAGCCUCAGAGAGCGGGAGAGAGGAGCGCAGAGGGAGGAGAACGGUGCGAACGGGGAGGCCGGGACGAGCGCGGGAGACCAGACGGGAGAUGCGGGCAAGAAGACCCUGGGAGAAGAUGCAGCGGGGACCUUUCGCUGGGGCAGGAAGAGAAACGCGUGGACGAGCUGCUCGACACCGAGGGCCUCAACAGACUGGAGAGACGCGGCGCCGUCCUCGCUCACCAAGUGACUCUCUUCGCCUGCGUCCCCGGCAUGUUCAGUGUGGCGGUCGCUGUCCUCGUCAGACCCAACAACGUCAUCUGGUGGCAUCACCAAGCUGUCCGGUUGAUUGCCUGAGCGUAGGGGGAUGUGCAGACACUGCCGCAGGGUCGAGAGAAAACGCACAAGACGUCGGGCCGGAAGAGAGCGACUGGGGAAGCACCACAAGAGGGAGAGAAGAGGAGAAAUUCGUUCCCCGGACUGCGCGCGAGAAAGAGAGAAAGAGCGACAGAGAACGACGGAGGAGAGACAGGAAAAACUUUGCUCUUCUGUUGCACACCACGCACACCGGUCCAGAUCGCAGGCGGAAGCAAAGGGAUGCGAACUCCAACAGGUUCUGAGGCAGAAGCGAACUCCUCGUCUGUCUCCACAUCCCAAUCCCUUGCUCACUGUCUACCGUUGAACUCGCUCCGUCUUUCUUCAAGGCUCACCCUUCCUUCCAUGCGCAGAAUCACAGUGAUUCACGUAUAUGUAUAUUUGCAUUUGUAUUUAUAUAUAUACAUAUAUAUACAUAUAUAUACAUAUAUAUACAUAUAUACAUAUAUAUAUAUAUAUAUAUAUAUAUAUAUUUGUAGGUAUGUAUGUGAAAAUGUGUUUCGAGGGUGAGGAGCGCGUUUGUCCAGAGUUUUUUCUCGUGGCCGUUGUACUCCGUCGGUGUUUGGCGUGGGUUGUCGGGAGAAGGUGGAGACGGUUUUCAAGAGUCGUUGAGAGGCGGCGCAGGAAUUUCAGUCCUUUUGCAUGCACUGCUGAAGACUCCGUUGUGCACCUCCUGGAAGGUGAUAAGAAUCAACCAGGAAGA